GUUACUGCAUCAACAAAAUUUAAUUCUGACCAUUUCCUCAAAAGUUGCCAAAUUAGAUUUUCAGUCGCUCCCACACAAACAUACCGUACAAUAUUAAUUUUUUAAGAUGAAAUCAAUCCAGAGUGCAACUCUUUUAUUCAAACGAAUUCGUCUCCAUUCCUUCUCGACGUCUUUGUUCGCGAGACAGAAAGGACUGGUCAUUGGCGCUUAUGAAACUCCGUCAGGGGAGGAGUGCACAGAACUCAGUCCAGUGGGUCAGAAGUUAGACGACAAGUUGGGAGGAAAACUCAGAAAUGCUCUGAAUGGGUUACCCGCUGGUAUCGGUAAACUGGGGCGUGUAGUGACUCUGGUGAACGUGAGCGAUGAAUUCCCCCAGAUAGCGGUAGCAGGUCUGGGAUCUAAAGAUGCUGACUUCAGCCCUAUAGAAUAUCUGGACGUGGGCAAAGAGAAUGUGAGGAUCGCGACAGGGGCGGGUGCUAGGGAGCUGCAGAAGAUGGGUGUGCAGGAGAUUGCUGUGGAAGGAUUCAACAAAGCUGAGUCGGCAGCCGAAGGCGCCACAUUGGGCGUGUGGUACUACACAGACAAGCAGGUCGAGACCAAGGUCGAACUUUAUGAAGGAGGAGAACCUGAGGAGUGGGAGAGGGGAGUAACAAAAGCAGAUGCACAAAACAUAGUUCGAUGUCUUUGUGAGACACCACCAAACUACCUCACACCACGAAUCUUUACAAUUAGAGCUCGAGACUUGCUCUGCCCAUACGGAGUCCAGGUGUUUGCUCGGGACACAAGAUGGAUGAAGAUUCAUCACUUCAACACCCUGAUGAGCCUGGGAGCCAGCUCGGUGGAGCCACCUAUGUUCCUAGAGCUGAACUAUUGUAGUGAUCCUGAGCCUACCACCAAGCCUUUCAUGUUUAUCGGUCAAGGGACAACAUUCAACAGUGGUGGCUUGUGUGUUCGUGAAUGUGAAAAAAUGAUCCGAGCCGAUAUGGCUUCAGCAGCAAUUCUUCUGGGCGUAUUCAAAGCAGUUGCAGCUAUGAGAUUACCAAUUAAUUUAAGAGCAUUCAUUCCGCUGUACGAGAACAUGUUGAGCGGAACAGCCAUGAAGUCUGGAGACGUGUUGAGGAUCAAGAACACAGUGCUGCGCACAGAACACACCCAGAACCAUUCACAGAUAGUGAUGGCUGAGGCCAUGACUUAUGCUGUCAAGAUUUACCCACCUGAGCUAGUCUUUGCCCUUGGAACACUCUCAAGUAACAUCCAGAACACUAUCGGAGCUACCUCUGCAGUUUGGAGCAGAAAUGAUUACAUCUGGGACCAUGUCAACUACGCUGGCGCCGUCACUGGUGAUAGGAUGUGGCGCUAUCCCCUGUUCCUUGACUUCGCUAACAAAAUUAGAGAAAGAACUGACGUUGACGUAAGCAACUUGGGAAUUGGAAGACGAGGGGAACCGAAUUUGAUUGCUGCUUUCUUAAAUUAUUUUGCCGAUCCAGAGAUUGAUUUCACUUAUAUCGACGUUACUGGUGCAAGUGACGUUGCCAACGGCUACGUUCACUACCUAGCAGCUAACCUAAUGACAGGAGCACCAACCCGCGGCAUCAUACAACUGCUGUGUCAUCUCAACUACUGCAAGGAGCAAGUCCGUGCAGCUGCCAAGAAAGAAGAAAGGAGCGAGGCUGAAAACUAAAUUUAACUUUAUUCACUAUCGUCAAUUCUAAAUUUUUUGUAUACUGUCCCCUGCAAAAAAGUAUUGUUUAUAAAUUGUCUGUGCCCAUUAUAUCAAUACAGUUUCCUACAUAAUUUCUAUCUGUCAAUUUCUUGUUGAUGUAAUAAAGUAGGAAAUUUUCUUUA